GCAGCAUGUCGGACGCGGCCUCGCAAGUGUUGCUGGGCUCCGGCCUCACUGUGCUCUCGCAGCCGCUCAUGUACGUGAAGGUGCUGGUGCAGGUGGGAUAUGAACCCCUCCCUCCAACUUUGGGAAGAAAUAUUUUUGGGCGACAGGUCUAUCAGCUGCCUGGGCUCUUUGCUUAUGCUAAACACAUUAUGAAGAUUGAUGGAAGGGCAGGACUCUUCAAAGGUUUGACUCCUAGACUCUGCUCAGGAGCAAUAGGCACUGUAGUGCACAGUAAAGUUUUACAGCAAUGCCAAGAAGAUGACCAAGCUGAGGAAGUAAGGAGAAGUAGCAAAGAGUCCUCUCUGGAGAAAGUUAUUAAGGAGACGUCCCAAGAAAUGGUUGCACGUUCUGCUGCUACACUAGUCACUCACCCUUUUCAUGUGAUCACACUGAGGUGUAUGGUGCAGUUCAUUGGCAGAGAGACCAAGUACAGUGGAGUGUUUAGCUCCUUUGUCACAAUUUACCGGGAAGAGGGCAUCCUUGGAUUUUUUGCGGGCCUUAUUCCCCGCCUGCUGGGAGACAUUCUGUCCUUGUGGCUCUGUAACAUGCUGGCCUACCUCAUCAAUACCUAUGCACUGGAAAACGGGGUCUCCACCAUGACUGAGAUGAAGAGCUAUUCCCAGGCAGUCACUGGUUUCUUUGCGAGUAUGCUGACUUAUCCCUUUGUACUUGUCUCGAACCUGAUGGCCAUUAAUAGCUGUGGGCUUGCUGGUGGUCUGCCCCCUUAUGCGCCAGAAUACAGCUCCUGGAUAGAUUGCUGGAGCCGGCUGCAUAGUGAGGGCAACAUGAGCCGAGGGAACAGUCUGUUUUUCCGGAAGGUGCCUGCAGGGAAGCGAUACGUGUGGGAGGAGAAGAGAUUUCACUGAAGCCUGCGACUCUUGUGGCUGCCCCAGAUGCACAGAAUGAUGGCAGUGUGCUGAUUUCUAUAAAGAUUUUUUUAAAAAAAAUAAUCACUUAAUCUUGGGAAAU